ACCCCUAUCAUGUUUUUUUUCUGCUUCAGUCUUCAUCUAGACAGCCUGUGCGAGCUGCAGUCAUGGUGUGCAUUCCCUGCAUCGUGAUUCCUGUCCUGUUGUGGGUCUACAAGCGAUUCCUGGAACCCAUCAUCUAUCCUGUCAUUUCGCCCUUCAUUAACGCCAUCUGGGGCAAAAAGGCUGUAACAGACACAGGUACCGACCAAAAGGGCAGUGAAAAGACAAAUGGGACAUGCAAACCUGAAAGCAACGGGGAAGCGACUGCCAACGGAGCUACUAUAGCAUCUGAUAAGAAGGCUGACUGACCUCUGUCACCAUUUCUAAUGCAACAAAGACUGGAAAUAUUUUCAAUGCAUCAUUUGGAGACAACAUGCAUUGUUGGUCUUGUUUAAAUAAUGUGACUGUAAAGCUGGUUGAAGCAAGUUCAGUUUUUCUUUCAUCUUGUUGAGGUUGGUUUGAUCCGUGUUGUAGUUUGUUUUCAGAUUUCAGUCUGAACAAAACGAAUUAAGCACUUUAAUGAAACGAUGAAAGGAAACAUUCAAAUUAAUGCUAAUUUAUUUUAAACCUGACCUGUCACUUAACCUAUCUUAACUCUAUACAAAGAUUGCUAUAAAUACAUCAAAGUGUAGAAUAUUUAAUUUUAAGAGAUGGUUAUAGUUAUACUACUUGUAAAACUGGCUAAAUAUUGCUUUCUUUUCUUUUUUUUGUUACUGUUUUUAAAACAAAGAAAUUAACACCUGUUAGAGAAAAUAAGGUUAUUUGUAUGAUGCUUUACAUUCCUUCAGAUAUACCUGGAUAAUCUAGAUCAUUUGAAAAAGAAAAUAAAGUGCAAAUUAAAAACA